CAAUGUGUGACGAACGUCGGUCAUGGGGUCACGGAAUAAUUAUGUAUUCCUUUGUAUUAUGUUAGCGUGGCCUUCGAGCACAAUGGAUUUGGAUUCGUUAGAUCCCACAUAUUUGAAUGAAGACAGAUGGAUGUACCGUAAUGCGAAAAGACCAGUAUACGAAGAGGGACCGUGUUUGCAAAUUAAUCCGUCGAAUAGAGACAUUAUUAAAAGAUUUCAUGCUAUUCUACCAUUUUUUGACAAAGAUCAUUCGAACACUGAGUUCUUACACAAGUUUCGGGCGUCCGUCUACGCCAUGUCCGAGGGUGAGGAUUUGUUGGAUCGGGAAGCAGCUUUCUACGCAGUAGCUCUCACUCCCCUGGUGUUUCUGCAAAAUUAUAGAGAUGCUUGGUGUCUUUUGCAUCGGUUCCAUCGCGCGUUGCGUCUCUACCAAAUAUCGCAUCCGAGCGAGAAGCGUUCCGCGCUCAAGUUACUUCAAAACUUCAGGGCUGUAAAUCAUAAGGUUGUCAACUUUGUAUGGGAGUUACCCGGCCUCUCCUCUCCACGAACAACUACGGAAGAAUUAGAUUUUGAUGUCGAAGAGCUUCAGAAUAAAAAGGACAUCAACUAUAUAAAGGAGCUCAUUAAAAACCUUGGCUAA